CAGUUCAAAAAUUGUCCAUCUUUUGGUUUUCUCCAACUUUAACCUUAAAAUUAUUUGAAAUAAUAGAAAUUGUUACGCGGGUAAAAUUUAUAAUAUUAUAAACAUGUUAUGAAAUUAUGAUAAAAAUAAGAGGAAAGGAAAUGGAUAAAGACAUUGUGAUAUUGCUUUAUAUCAUUUUCAUUGGACCUUUGUCAAUCUCAUUAUUUUUAUAUGGAUUUUUCCCUUUGAUAAAAUAUGACAGUACCAUAGCAACUGAAAAUGAUAUUCCACAAUUCAUAGACAAUGUGAGAGUAAAGGUAGAUACAUUGUAUCAACCUGUGGUAAAAAAAUUAAUCAUUAUGAUUAUCGAUGCUUUGAGGUGGGAUUUUAUAACAGGAUCCAUCGGAAAAUUGGCUAUGCCUGUAACAAGUAGUCUUAUAACAAACUCUUCUGCAUGUUUGUUACAAGCUCAUGUUCAACCACCAACUGUUACAAUGCCUAGAAUAAAGGCAAUCACAACUGGGACAAUUCCUAGUUUCAUUGAUGUAGCUUUAAAUUUUGGGAGUAAACCAGUUACUGGUGAUAGUGUGCUUCUUCAGGCAAAGAGAUACGGGUAUAAAACAGUAUUUUAUGGAGAUGAUACUUGGCUAACUUUAUUUCCCUCUAUGUUUGAUCGUUAUGAUGGCACUACAUCAUUUUUUGUAACAGAUUUUACUGAGGUUGAUAAUAAUAUAACUAGACAUUUGAAUAAAGACUUACAUAAUACUAAUGAUUGGUCAAUAAUGAUUCUUCAUUACCUAGGACUUGACCAUAUUGGCCAUGUUCAUGGACCAUUUAGCCCACUUAUUAAAACUAAACUCACAGAAAUGGAUAAUAUAAUUGUAAAAAUUCAGUCAAAAGUCCAAGAAUGGAAUGAAAAUAAUGAAUCUUCUUUGUUUAUUAUCUGUGGGGAUCACGGGAUGAAAGAUUCUGGAGGUCACGGUGGUUCAACCACAUCAGAAACAACAGUACCUUUUAUUGCAAUUGGUGGAGAAUGUACGAACAAUCAUUUUACAGAAGUAUCACAAAUUGACAUUGCAUCCACAUUGUCUACUAUUAUGGGCGUGCCAAUACCAUUUUAUAAUUUAGGAACUGUUUUCACGGAUACAUUAUACGACUUACCUGUUUCAAAGAAAUUAUUUAUACUUUAUUAUAAUGCUAAACAAGUGUUCAAUCAUUUUCAAAAAUUGCCAGACUAUAAGUCUGAAUAUGCAUAUCAGAAAUAUCUAGAGGCAAUAAAACUUCAUAAUGCUUGGCUAACUACUAAAGAUUAUCCAAAUCAUGUGGGAGAUGACAUUGUUCUUUCCUAUAAGGUUGCACUUAAAGGAAUGAAAGAAAUGCUUAUAAGUAGCAUGAUUAAAUUUGAUUUACACAUAAUAACAGUAGCCAUAUUUUUUUUAUGUCAUAUCAUUUGCAUUUCCAUGGGGAAAGAGUGUUAUACAUCCGUUGCAUUCAAAAGUACUAUUUCGUUGAUUGCUUUAAACACAUCCCUAUGGAUAUUAAUAAAUUAUACUUUGAAAUGUGAAAGCAUAUCAUUCCUGUAUACAAAGAGUUUAAUUACCAUUGUGAUAGUGCUUUUUAUAAUAACUGUUUUAGCCACGAAUUGUUACUUAAUUGCCAACAUUAAUUAUUUCAACCCUUUCAUAAUUGAGAAAAGAAACGGUGGAGUAGGAAGAUGGCUAUUUCCAAUUAGCACACUUGUACAUGCAAUUAGCCUCAGUGGUAGUAGCUUUGUCGAAGAAGAGCAUCAAACUUGGUAUUUCUAUUGGGUCACUCUUCUCGUGCUACUGCUUUACAAUUCUGCUACGCAAUUUUUUUUACAUCUGCCAUCGUACAGGAACUACGAACAGUAUUCAUACGCACAAACUUGUAUUAAACUUUUAUUACUGCUGAUUGGACAUAGAAUUCUUAGGAAAUUAAAUAGUACCGGGGAUAAGUACGCUCAUCUUCCCGAUAUAGCUGGGUUCUUGGCUGAACAAGAAAGUAUGUUAAGCAUGACGAUACUACUCAUUACUGCGCUUGCAUUAUUGAUGUGGCUUGAUUUUAUACACGAGGAUAAAAGCUACAAAAUACGGUCAUUAGUAUUUAAUACAAUAAUCUGUGUAUGUAUUUAUCUUCGUCAUAUGCAUAACAAUAGUGUUGGUAAGAUACCAUUAUAUCCUCAAUCUAGAGGAGUAUAUGAAGUACAAAUCUUUUGGGUAUUAUUGGCGAUAAACGCCGUAAAUUGUAUUUAUCGUUUGGUAUUCAAAAUUAAAUCUGAUAAGACAACGUUUUUAAAAACCACGUUGUGUUGUAUCGUACGAACGUGGAUUAUGAUUACCGCAAUGCUUCAUCAACCGCAUAAUGUGAUACUUUUACCAUUUCAAAUCAUUUUUAUUAGCGUGAUUAGCACGAUAAUUAAGUAUAUUAAUAUGCAGCAAGUAAAUACGUUUGUAUAUGCUUGGGCUGGUAGUGUAUUUUAUUUUUAUCAGGGAAAUUCAAAUAGUUUGGCAACUAUCGAUGUAGCUGCAGGUUACAUUGGUAUACAAUCCUACGUGCCAUUUAUUAAUGGGUCGCUAUUAUUAAUUAAUACCUAUUCCGCGCCCGUUUUGGCCUUUCUUUUGCUCGUCUAUCAUGCAGCAUUACAGUAUCCGUAUGAUACAUGUAAGAUUAUUAUAGAAAUCAGUAAAACGUACAUCAGAUGGAGAUUGAUACCAAUAGCUAUUUAUACAAUUAUAAUCAGUAUUCAGCGUCAUCAUUUAUUCGUGUGGUCGGUAUUCUCACCGAAAUUAUUAUACGAGGCUGUACAUUCUACUAUUACUUGUUUUGUUAUAUUUAUCAUAACAAUUUUAGUUAUACUACAAGAGGCAAUAAACAACUAUAAUAGAUGAUGCAAUAUUUUGUGU